UUUGCUCUGCAAGCCUGUUUUGGGUGUGUCAGUCAGAGGGAAGCUUCUCACUAGCAACUAGCACUGUUUCACUAAUUUUUCAGAUUAAAUGGGAAAUAUUUUUUGCUGCAUCUUGUGUGAGUUACGGAACAGAUCACAGGAAGAUGAUGCCCGGUUCAAAUGCUGAACAGAUUUCUCAGGGCACUGGGAAAAGCCUAUUCUUUGUACAGCAGGGAACUGAUCUGUUGUGACCAAUAGCUUCUGCAGAUACUCACCAGCUGGCUCAGGUCUUGCUUUCAGGAUGCCCAGGUGACUACAGAGCUCUUCUCUGUUGUGACGUUUCAUAAAUAUCUGAGUGUUCCCCCACAACAAGCUGUCCACUGCCAUAGCUCUCCUGGAUGCUGAGUAACUUGCUUAGAGUUAGCCUGAGAUUGUCCAGUCGCUGACCACAGCUGUAGGUAUCUCAUCACACACACUGAGGGUCUUCCUUGCUUAUGUGAGGACCCAGGUUCAAGGGUGUAUGAGCGAUCCUUGGAACACCACAGAAUGGUCCCAUGAAGGGAAGUGGCAGUAACCAUCACUGCCUGCUGGAGUUCCAUAAAUUCACAAACUUUUGCAGGUGACUUCUUCUGUUUCCCUCUCUCCACUGGGUUCUGCUCAACUUUCUGAUGAUAUCUGGGUGCCAGAAAAGUUUUCUGCCAUGCCACAGCUAUGUGACUUGAUGCCAUUUGUGUAGAUGCUCUUUCUCUCUUGGUGCACUGGGGUCACUAGAGAAGAGCUGUUUUUCUAUUCUGGGGCUAGUGGUAAUAAAUUCUGUUUUGCAUUGCAAAAAAAUGGCUCACCUGUUAAUUCCUGCUUCUGACAGGCAGCCUUGUUUACACCCCCAGAUUGGACUCACCCUCUUUUGCAGUCUUUUGCUGCCAGGAACUUGCUUUCAGUUUCACGAAGUGGGGCAGUUUAUUUGCAUAAGAGCAAGUCACCCUGAGGAAAUACUCAGCUGAGUAACGUUACUAAUGUCCACGUCUUUGGGAAUAGAAAGUGAAACAAAUGUAAGCAUAAUAAAAGGACAUCCAUGACCCAAGAGUCAAGAGACAAAUCCAGAAAUAUCCAUGGCUGCUGUCACUGAUAGAGAUCCUGCACCCAGAGAGAGCAACCGAGGGUGGAAGAUACAGCCAAAUGACUUCAAAAGAAAUUAUUUGCCUGGCCAACAUCCAAAGGUGGUGUACCUGCUGUAUGAAAUCAGGUGGAGCAGAGGUACCAUCUGGAGGAACUGGUGCUCGAACAAUUCUACCCAACAUGCUGAAGUCAACUUCUUGGAAAAUUGUUUCAAGGCCAUGCCAUCAGUUUCUUGCUCCAUCACCUGGGUCCUAUCUACUACCCCCUGUGGGAAAUGCUCCAGAAGAAUUCUGGAGUUCCUGAGGGUACAUCCUAGUGUGACCUUGGAAAUAUAUGCAGCCAAGCUGUUCAAGCACCUGGAUAUCCGUAACCGGCAAGGUCUGAGGAACCUAGCAAUGAAUGGAGUCAUUAUACAUAUAAUGAAUCUUGCAGAUUACAGUUACUGGUGGAAAAUAUUUGUUGCAUACCGACAUGGAGAAGAAGGUUAUUGGCCCUGGAGCUUUGCUUCAUACAUCUUUCUGAAUCAGACAGAGCUCUGUCAUAUCCUUUUGGUUAGUAGGCACCUGAAAAAAAUGCUGAGAGUGAAAAGUAAUGCAAAAUCCUAUGAAAAGGAGGUUUGGAGGAUUCUGACAAUGGUGUUAGCAGAAACAAUAGUAGGAAAAAUAAGCAUGGGCUUGAUGCUGCAUCAACAGAGGGCCAAGCAGGUGGGAUAUUGCAAGGACUAUGCUGCUACAUUGUGCCUUUGUGGCCAGGAGUAGAGAAGAGAUUUAGCAAUAUUCUCAGGGUUUUUUACUAAGAAAAGGGUAAGUUAUUUCAACUCUUUACAUGGAUAAGCUACAAGUUCAUUAGCUUGCAUCUUACUGGAGCUAUUUGAUCCCAAAAGCUCAUUCAGCUAUGUAAACAUGAUUCAAGUACACUCUUUUUGCCUCUCAGAACAGGGCCACUGAUUUUAGUUAAGUUCUGAGCAAGUUCAAAAGCCUAGAUGGGUGGAUUCGCUUUCAAGAUUCACCUUCAGGAUCAGAGCUUACACAUAAGAGUAUCCUAUGACUGACAUCCACAUUCCCUAUUUCUUGCAAUCCAUACAACUGCAGGAGUUAUUUGUAAGGCCUGAAAUCCUACUAUACAAGGAAGACAAGGUGAUCUACUGAACAGGAGAGAAAAUCAGGACUGGAGUUAACUUCCUGGCUCAGCCACCCUUUGUGGGGCAAGCCAGUUUCUGCUUGAACCAGUCCCUAUAUGUAGAAUGGGGGCUAGCAGAAUGGAUGGCAGGAGAUAGAGGGAGGGAUGCACAGAGCUAUGUACUACAGACACGAACUUAUAGUCUAGAAGGAGAAAAGCUAAACUGUUUUUAGGAUGCUAUAAAUGCCUUGCUUUACUUGGGACUAAGGAAAAGGUAUACAUUAGGCUUCAUUUCAGUUCCAUCCACCCCAAGCUUUACAUAGGUCUUUUAAUACCUCAGGAUGUGACCUUUCUCAUUCCAUCUGAAUAAGACAUUCAGGUGACAGGAUACAGUCAGUGGCAUUUAUCCAGUCAGUCAGCUGAUUUAACAAAGUAGUUAAUGCAAUGUAACUGCUUAGGAGAUAUUUUCCCCUUGGCUUUCAGCCUUCCUGAGUCUCCUACUGUCUGAGAUGAUUAAAUAAUUUAGCAGCUUACUGCACAAUCAAAUGCAUGGUGUGAUGAUUACCAGGGAGCUGAACAGAGCUGUCUCCUAAAUGCUUGUGAGUACCAACAAACUACGGCUGACUCAGCACAGUUCCCUGGGCAGCAGGUCAAAGCAAACAUGCCCUUCAAGACUUGGUUUGAAAGAGCCAGCUAACAAAUGACCUGACACUCCCCGUGCCUCUGGCAACCUUGGUGAUUACUGCAGAGUCCUGGUGGCUAGGAAGCUUGCGCUGGGACACUCAUGCUGAAAGUCAGGCACUUGAACAACUGCUUUGCUGCCUCAGCCAAAUUCAAGCCACCCCUAAAAUGAAGGUGAAUAGGGCCCAUCAUCUGUAGUUCUGACUAAUCACCAACACUCUGCAGAGGGAAUGGGAAGGUCUAUGGGCUCAGCCCUUGUGACCACCCAGCCCCAUUGUACUAAUUGUGCAUGUUCAGGUAAGUCUCACUGACCAUUGUCAGCUGACACAAUUCUUGGGGCGGACCAAGAACCCCUGAGCACAGAGGUGUAAUGAGGAGAGUUCAUUCCAGGCACAUGCUCCAGAGCAAUAUAGACCAUUGUGUCCAGUCCUGGCCUUCCUGGCACAAGAAAGACACCGAGGAACCGUUUGGUGGAGUACCACUGCAAUGGUCAGGGUGCUGGAGCACUUGCCCUGCAUGACGCUGAGGGAACUGGUUAUGUUAGACCUAAAGAAAAGGUGGCUAAGUGGGAUCUAACUGCAGUUCUCCACUACAUAAAGGCAGCAAAGACAGAGCCAGACUCUUCUCACGGCUGCACAGAGGGAAAAUGAGGCAACAGGCACAAACUGCAACAAGGGAAAUUCCAACUGGACAGAAGUAAAAAGUCUCCCCUAACAGUGGUGCUGUACUGGAACAGGUGCCCAGAGAGGCUGUCAGACCUCCAACCCUGCAGACACUGAGAACUUUCCUCUGAGCUGCCUGAUCUAGCUUUGGAGUUAGCCAUGCUGCAAACACGUUGUUGGACUAGAGACCUCUAGAGGGCCUUUCUAAACACCAAAAUUCUGCCUUUCCACAGGACCUAGCUCCACUUCCCCUGGAUUCAGCUACUCCAUCUGCCACCUUUUAAAUGCCUCUGUUUCUGAGUGGUAUGCCUUUCUAGGAGGGGUUUACACAGCACAGUAAAUUCCAAGGUGCUACCUUGUUGUCUGGAAAGCUGUGUCCCAAGGGAGUUUAUCUGACAAGGCGAAGGUGGAUCAGAGUGAUCUCUUGGACCAGAUGCUGCAUUUUCAAACUCUGUAUCAUGUUGAAGAGACAACUUCAGCUUUUGACAUCUAAUUUUCAAUGUUCAUGUUUCUUUCUUCCUGCUAGGGGCUUCCUCCGCUGGUAAACUUUGAAUACUAACGAGCAUCAGCAGCAUGCCUUCAGGCUCCCUUUGUGCAUUACAACAUUAUUUACAAGACUGGAAAAUGCAGUCCCUGGCAGUCUUCCCCACUACGGGCUUGAACUAUGAGUUCUGUGCUGUCACCAGAGAAGAGCCUUAUCACUGGCUGGGCAUUGCUCAGUGCUUGACACAGCCGAAGGAGCACGUGAGAAACCAUCAAGAAGUUCAGAUGGUGCAGCCAGGCAGCCAGGACACAGUGCUCUGGGUCUUUACAAGGCUUCCUGAGAGUUCAGUGGGGGUGGGGACCAAGCCCCAGGAUCAGGCAUUUCAUGUCUGCUGAUUCUGCGGUCAGAUUCUGAGAGUACCCUCUUGAGAGACCAGUGAGUAACAUUUUUCCUGCUCUGAUCUGUUCCAAAUUAGUAAUCAGAGCAAUGCAUUCUGUUUUUGAGAAUUUCUUAUGAAGAUCACUUUUACGGCUAUGUGUGUACAUUUCAGAAAACACUUUGUGCUGUUAGUAUUUACGUAAUAUUAUUACUAUACUACUGCU